CUAACUUGCGAGCAGGGCAGAGCGCGAGUCACAAUCUGCCCAAGGCAAGGGAGGGCAAGGAGACGCGCGAGAGGAAACCGACUGUACCAGGGGGGACACGAGCGCUCCGGUCUCACCGAGCACAAUUAGAGAAGUGUUGUUGAACGUGGGCUAUGCGCGCAACAAGGGGGGAGCGCAGUGUACAGAGGAGGUGAAUGCAUGUAGAGGCUCAGCUUCAGAUUCACAGCCUCCUUCUUGAAGAGUCACAGCACUGACAGAGGAAAGGAGUGAGGGAAGAGAGGGAACUCCUAGAAAACAGCAACUCUUGGAGAGAACUAGUGAGUACAGCCUGCAGUCUUCAAAACAAAAAGAUAGGAUAGAGGGAAAAAACGGAAGAGUAGACUUUUCCUGGUCAGAAUCUGCUCUGGAAGAGAAAACAUGAAUGUCAGCGAAGAGAAUCUGCUCAAGUCCAUCAGCAACGACGCGCUCCUCGACCUGACGCAGCGCUACGGACAGUCAGCCUUCGGGUUUGGCGCUGGCCAUGGUGCUGGAAGUCCCGGCCGGUUCCAGCUCACACCGGCCACCGACUUCCUCUCCGGGCAGACUGCGAAGUCCAACGAGAGUGGCGGGGAGCACACGAGCGACGACGAGGAUGGCUUCGACUCGCUGGACUCCCGGAAGAGGGGCUCGUCGUUUGGGGACGACAAGCCCGGGGGGCCCCUCGCUAAGAAGUCCAAGGAGCAGCGGUCCCUGCGGCUCAGCAUCAACGCCCGGGAGAGGAGGAGGAUGCACGACCUGAACGACGCACUGGACGGCCUGCGCGCCGUUAUCCCCUACGCCCACAGCCCCUCGGUGAGAAAACUCUCCAAAAUAGCCACUCUCCUCCUGGCCAAGAACUAUAUCCUCAUGCAGGCUCAGGCUCUGGAGGAGAUGAGGCGGUUGGUGGCGUAUCUGAACCAGGGACAGACCAUAACUUCACCAAUCCCCACCGCUCUGGCGCCCUUUGGACAGGCUGCCGUCUACCCGUUCUCGGGCUCUGCACUCGCCACCUGUGCUGAAAAGUGCACUACUUAUUCCGGGACACCGUCGAGUCUCUUCAAACACUGUAACGACAAGCCUUGAUUUGGUUUAAUUCUCUUUCCUGAACUUUUACCUAUACUGCACCCACGUCGGUCUCCCUCCCACUUUAGUUAUUUUUAAAUCAUUCUGUGGAGAAAAAAAACAGUUUUAGUCUAAUGCAUAAUCUUAAAAUAUGGUUAAGUAAUAAUACUGCAAUGUUUCAUCCAGAUUGAACUGACGCUACAUAGGAAAUAAACUGUUUAGGCCUUCUUAUAGGAUGAAGUCACACCUGUCACUUUCUCGUUUAACAGAGACUACAGGCCAUGUCCAAAUUAUGAGUUUUGGUAAAUUUCUAGAAACGUUUUGUUAUAAACUCUCAUUUGUAAUCUAUGCAACAUUCAACAACGACAACACGCAUAAGUAAAUGCCAAGAAAUGCGACCCAAUCUCGACUUUUAGAUCUAACACAACAAUUAUGAAAGGACUUCCCUUUUUCUGUACUGAUGCUAUGUGGGGGAAAAAAAAUCAAAUGAUGUGAUGUUGGCUGAUAUAUUUUCUGAAACGAUGUAUUGACGAGUUUGUUUUUUGUUUUUUUAAGUUAUUGCACAUCUCACAUGAUUGUAUUGUACAACUGUGGAAAAUUACUUAACUCCAAACCCGGCUAUACUCAUGGUUAUAUAACUACAGCCUAUACACUGAAGAAGCGUUUUGGUUGUGUUGCA